CUCAGUGUGUGAAUCAGGCUCAGUAGGUCUUGGUGGGAGGUGGGGAGUUGAAAUAAUGCCAAACAGAUGCCAGUGAGUAAUCAGUUCUGAUAGAGAUAGCAACACAACCAUGAGGGAAGAUUGUUAUGACAAGUUCCAGAAAGAUGGAUUCCUUAUAAUAGAAAAUUUCUUAAGCGAUGAUGAAGUAACAAGGCUUAAAAAUGCAGGAAUCGAGUUGUCUCAAAAUGUGCCAUCCGAAGAACAAAAAAUUAUAUUUGAUACAACUCAAACACCACAAAACCAACAUAAGUAUUUUCUUGAAAGUGGGGACAAAAUACGGUAUUUUUAUGAGAAAGAUGCUCUGAACAGUAAAGGUGAACUCGUAGUAGAUCCAGAUAUAGCUCUAAAUAAAGUUGGGCAUAACCUCCAUUGGCUCCAUCCGGUAUUUAAAUCUAUAUCCUUCGGAAGAAAAGUACAAAAUUUAUGCCAAAAUCUUAAGUUAGAAGAUCCAGUUAUUUUACAAAGCAUGUAUAUCUAUAAAAAUCCUGGAAUAGGCAGUGAAGUUACUCCACACCAAGACGCUACAUUUUUAUUUACUGAACCUAAUUCAUUAAUCGGACUUUGGUUUCCUUUAGAUGAUGCCACUUUAGAGAAUGGUUGCUUAUGGUUCAUUCCUGGGUCUCAUGAGAAUGGUGUGCAUAGGAGAUAUAUCAGAAAUUCUGAAGAGAACUCUGAUGAAUUAUUGAUUUAUGACAGGCCUCCUGUUAUAUAUCCUUCAUCAGCUUUUAUUCCUUUUCAAACAAAAAAGGGUUCAUGUGUCGUGAUUCAUGGUAAUGUUGUCCAUAAAAGUGAUCCAAAUAAGUCAUCGAAGUCAAGACAUGCUUAUACUUUUCAUAUUAUGGAUGUAUCUUCAAAAUAUUCACCAGAGAACUGGUUACAGUCUCCUAAUGGUUUUCCGUUGAUAUAUGAAGAUUAAAUAUUGGAAAACUUAUUUCCUUCAAUUUUUCAUUAUCCUCAAUUUUAAAUGAUAAUUAUAUUGCUUGUUUCCUAAAAAUCAUAAUAUAGAUUUUCUUUCUUUCUCUUUUUUUUUUUCAAAUUGGUAUGUUGAGGUAUUUUUAACUGAUCAAAAUACAGUUGAGCAUAAACCAAAGAAUUCUACUGUUAGUCUUAUUUAUAAUCAUCUGUUAAGUUUGUUUAAUAAUCAAAAGGAACAAAUUAACAAAAAGAAUGUUGAUUGAUAUCUAUUGUCAGUCUUUUAAAUCCUUUAAACUAUCUUUUUGUGGAUUCUAUUUUGUUAAUAUUGACUGUUGAAAAAUGUGAAGACCUAAAAAUUAAAAACAUAUGUCAUAGUCCUUAUUUUAUUCAAUGAGGUUAAUGUAAUAUUUCUAUCUGUUUCCCCUAUAGAUACAUAUAAUUGCUGAAUUCUAAUGUCUUACUUUACAUUCAAAUUGGUUCAUUUAUUCACUAAUUAAAAAAAUAAAGAAAGGAUCUCCACAAAUCAUCUAAAUAAUCAGUUGUUUUUUUUUCAUAACAGUUCGUUCUCUCAAUUAAAGUUAAGGUGGAAAAUCUUUAAAUGGUUCUAUUUAAAUUAAAAUAUGAAGGAUACAUGUCAUACAUUCAAGUUGAAUGAGGUUAUGCUAUUUCUUAUAUAUCAACAAAUAUGCAGUAAAUUACAAAAGGAAAAGCUGCAAAGUUUAAUGAGGAAGUUUUUUAUUUAAUGUCCAUCUUUUUUUAUAUAUUAAUUUAAUCGAUAAAACUGUUUAUAAUUUUUAAUUAAGGCUGUGAUUUUGCACAAAGGAUUGCCUAGCAAAUGCAAUAUUUGUGGUUACAUUGGUGUAAUCGAUUGUCAAAAUGAUAAUUUUUUAAGUCAAUGGCUGCUUUCACUUUAAGAACUGAUCUGUAAGAAGGGUAAAGUGAACUAAUAGAUAAGACUUUCAACAUGUAUUUUAAACUGUAAAAUAAAAAAAUAUUCUAAAUUCUACUAUGGUUGCUCAAAAAUUUUAUUCACCUAUUGAUUAUAAAAUAUUUGAAAUUCCAGAAUUAGAUUAUUCUUUCUUCUAAAGUGCAUAUUUAAGUAAAUUAUGACAUAGCUUUACUAACAAUUGUUGUUUGUUUUUAUAGUUGAAAAUGUUAUUUCCUGUAUCAAGUAUCAAAUUACUUUAUAAGAUAUGCAGGAUUUAAUCAAAGAUUUGUUUCUGAUAGCCAUUGAAUUGUGCAUCAUUUUUAUAAACUUGAAAAUAAAGAUUUAUUUUUAUUUUACUU